CCUCUACACUCGCAUUUUACCCUCAAUCUGCCCAGUAACGGCCUCAUUCUACUCGCCGUCACAGCCUAUACAGGCAUUUCACACCCAAAAUGGCGCACCACACGAACCGAACUCCGCAAGACCAAGGCCAUUACUCGAUGCCCUAUGGCUCUCAGACUGCCCAGUAUGCCGUCGCUCAAUCACCAGGCAUGGCCCAGACAUUCAAAGCCUUACAAGAUGCUGGCUACGGCCAAGGUGCUUCAGCGCCUGCUCCUCAGCAGAACAUGCGUCCUACAUUCGAAAAGCCCACCAUAUAUACCGCUGUAUACUCGGGUGUCCAAGUAUAUGAAAUGGAAGUGAACAACAUUGCUUGCAUGCGACGACGCUCCGACGGCUGGCUCAACGCCACUCAAAUCCUCAAGGUUGCCGGUGUCGACAAGGGUAAACGCACAAAAGUUCUGGAAAAGGAAAUUCUACCUGGCGAGCACGAAAAGGUCCAAGGAGGCUACGGCAAAUAUCAAGGCACAUGGAUCAACUACCGCAGAGGUCGCGAGUUCUGCCGUCAGUACGGUGUUGAAGAUCUGCUGCUUCCCCUCCUAGAACACGACCUUGAUGGCUCCGGCACCGGUCAGACUACAGAGACUCCAACCAAGGAACAAGCAAUGGCUGCCAACAGAAAGAGAUUCUACGCCGCUGGUGUGCAAGAUAGGAAUGGCCCGACUGCAUCGAACACCUUCUUCCAGAACAUUUCCCCCAUGUCAUCCGUUGCUCUCGCUGCAUUGAACAAGGCUGCCCGUUUGAACUCGCCAGCCCGCCCGAGUCACAUGAGACGUUCUUCACAGCAACAACAGACCAGCAUGAUGGCCGAUGUGAGCUACCACAACAACCAAGUCCCCGACUCUGGCUACAACACUCAGAACCCUGCAUGGAGACAAGCUCCGGGUGGUCAGGAACCUCCCCGGAAGCGUAUGAGACCGAACGACGACAUUCCCGUAGACGCUUCGAUCAUGUCCCUGGACCCUACAGAGCCUGGAGAAUCUUUCCUACAGAGCACCCAGCAAUACCUCGAAGAAAAUGUCAAUGGCUCAGACGAGCCUGUUACCCUCCCACCGUUACCGGCACCAACGGGUAUUGAGGAUGAUAACAAGCGCCAGUUGCUCCUUGAGCUUUUCGCCGAGUCGUCAAGGCAAGAUUUCGCUUCACACCCAGCACUGCUCUCACUAUCACCAGAGGACCUGGAUAUACCUCUAGACACAUCUGCGAAUACCGCUUUACAUUGGGCCGCAACCCUUUCAAGAGUGCCACUACUACGACUGCUGAUCCAAAAGGGAGCUAACAUCUUCCGGGGAAACGCUGCAGGACAGAGUGCUCUCAUUUCGGCUGUGCUAGUGAACAAUUGCUGUGAGCAUUCUUCUUUCCCGGAUGUUCUGGAGCUGCUCAGUCCUUUGAUCGAAGUGAGAGAUGCACAAGCCCGUACCAUUCUCCAUCACAUUGCUGUGUCGUGCGGUAUAAAAGGCCGAGCACCCAGCAGCAAGUACUAUCUUGAAGCAUUGCUAGAGUUCUUGGUCCGUAGUGUUUCCAAGCCCGCCCCGGUCGAGAAUGGCUCAGCAACCCCUGGACAGGCAAUAAAAGAAAGAAUGAAUUUGAUGCGCUUCCUCACACAUAUAGUCAAUGCGCGAGACAAGGCAGGCAACACCGCUCUGAAUCUUGCCGCCAGGAUUGGCAACAGGGGCAUCAUUCAGCAGCUCCUUGAAGUCAAGGCCGACCCCACAAUCCCCAACCAUAAGGGUGUCACAGCCCGUGACUUUGGUGUGGGUGCUGAAGACGAGAAUGGGCAGGCCGUAGGAUUUAACAACCCGUCAAACAUUGACCCGAUUUUCUCACAAGCACAAGCACCAAACCGUCCGCCGUCACAGAACACAACUACGGAAGGCGCCACCGAAAAAGAAGCGACGCCUGUCUCGAAUACAAACAUCAUCGAAGACCAGAACCAGGAUGUCAUCUCUUCACUCACCAGCAUGCUCACAGCAAACCUCGCUCAACACAAACAACUACUCGUCGAAAAGACGACACAGAUCGACAAGCUCAACGCACAAAUCCAAGAGUUGUCCGCGGUAGCAAAGACGGAAAGCGAUCAAUUAGCAACCCUCCAACGCCGCGCCAAAUCCCGCAGCGAAGGCCAAUCUAAAAUUGCAAACCUGAAGCGCAUACUCGAAGAACGCCAUCGUAACGGCCGAAAAGUGACAAAGACGACCACAGCAGUAGGAGACGCAGAUGCUUCUGUAUCUUCGGUGCUCGCCAUUGUCGACGAACUGCCCUCAAACAUUUCAGACCCAGCACAAGUGGCUCAACAGCUAUCGCCUUCUCUUCAACAACAGAUUCUCAGCAACACACCUUCGAUUGCUGAACUACGCACUCUGAAGAAGGUUUACGAGACGAACAAUGACCGUCUACAUCAAAAAUCUACACAGCUCAAAUCACGCUCUACGCAGCUUGAGCAUCUGUAUCGUAAAGUCGUCUCUUUAUGUACAGGCGUCGCAGAGGAGAAGGUUGAAGAUCAGCUGGGUGCGCUUCUGGCUGCUGUGGAGUCCGAAAAGGGCGCACUGGGCAGAGAAGAAGCGGGUAGAGUCAGGGAGUUUUUGAUCAAAGUCGAAGGCGUCGGUGGUGGUAGCGAGGUUGCCGCUGGUGUAUAAAUGGGCAGGCGCAGAAUAUGGGUGCAUAGCGUGGGUUUCAGUUAGGCGCGGUGUAGGAGCAAAGGUUCACAAUUACAGAUACACAAGGGAUUGUAUCAUUUGCUUUGAUUUCUCUACUCUUUUGUGUGUAUGCUUUUCUGGUUGCUGUGAUCAAGUCUUAGACGCUGAAACGAUGC